CUCAUGUGUCUCCAUACUCAUGUGAUCAACAUUGCAAUGUGCACGUAGAGGUUAGAUUUUAUAUCUGUAAGAAAAGUUCAUUAAUCUGAACAAAAUGUAUUUAAUGUACUAUUUUAAUGAAAAAGGAGAGCGUGUAUACACCUUAAAGAAAAUUGAUCCUAAUGGAAAACCAACCAUGUCUGCACAUCCUGCAAGAUUUUCUCCUGAGGACAAAUACUCAAAGGAGCGAAUAACCUUAAAAAGAAGAUUUGGUCUACUUUUGACUCAAGCUCCACUGCCAAUUUACUAACAUUUCAAAUUAAACAAGAUAAAGAUGUAUUAUUGUAAAAAUAAGAAGAAAUCCCAUCCAUCAAUGUAUUAGUUCAUUCAAUAAAUAUGUCUAAAUGUACUACCUGUAAUACCCAUGGCAUGGAACGUGCUAAACAUAGGUAUUAUCAAAACAAUAAAUAUAAUUAAAUCAUUAGAA